AUGUCUUUACAUACUGGUGUUUCAUGUGAUGCAUGUAUGAGAACAAAUUUUCCUGGUCGUCGUUAUAAAUGUUUACUAUGUGAUAAUUAUGAUCUAUGUGGUUCAUGUUAUGAUCUUGAAGCUGAAAGUCAAAAUCAUAAAAAUGAUCAUCCAAUGCAAUGUAUAUUAACUGAAACAGCUUGUGAAUUAUUCUAUGCAGGUGAAACAAUUCCUCGUCGAAGUGUUGUUUCAUUAACAUGUCCACAUUGUGGUUUAGCUGGUUUUAUUUCACGAACAUUACUUAUGCAUUGUGUGGAGAAACAUCCAUCAACAUCACCACAAACAAAAAAUACCCCGGCUGUUAUGUGUCCAAUUUGUGUGACUUCUCCAUCGCAUAGAAAUCGAUCUCGUUUUACCGUACUUACUGAUCAUAUGUUAACAGUACAUGAUGAUGGAACUGGAGGUGGUGAUGAUGAAGAUUCAACAAUUUCAUUAUCUAUUACUAAAACACGACGUGAUGAAAAUGAGGAAGAAGAUUCUGAUGAAGAUGAUGAUGAAGAAGAAGAAUCUUCUUUAAAUGAUCUUGAACAUCGAGCAUUUAUUGAAGAAGAACAACGUCGUCAAGAAGCUGCUCGUCAAAGACUUGCACAUGCAUCAUCAUUAGCAGCAGUCAUUAGAAAUGAAUAUGCUGCAGGUUCAACUGGAAAUACAACUUCACAACGGCGUCCUCUUAUAAGACAAACAGCAAUUCGUGGUAUUAGAGGAGGUUUACGAGGUCAUUUUAAUAAUUUUCCAUAUGGAGCUGCAUCUCGUACAACAACAACUGGACUUACGUCUAGUCCAUCAAAUCGUGGUUUUUCGGAUACAUCAACAGGAAAUGCAUCCCAAAAUACACCUCCAACUGAUCCAUAUACUGCAUUUGUCUUUGCUCAAGAUCCAAUGCUCGAAUUCGUCUCUCGACUUGUUAAUAAUCAACAAUCAUCGGCAACAUCAUCAACCAAUACAUCGAAUAGUCCAUUUCUUUUUACACCAUCAAUGCCAACUCAUGUUCCAUCAUCAAUGACUACUACAAGUGAAUUUUCACGUUUGCAAGAACAAAUUGAAAAUAAUGAAUCAAUCAAUUCAUUAAACAAACAGAAACGAUCUAGUCAUACGCAACAACAACAACAAUCAUCAUCAUCACCAUCGAUGAUCUUGUCUUAUCCAUUAGGUUAUGACUAUCAAUUAUGGCAACAAAAUUUUUCAGCUGCACAACCAACAAUUAAUAAUCUUAGUUUUUUAACAGGAACUGUACCAGCUGAUUUAACAACAGGAAAUAGUAAUUCUUUAUCAAAAAGUUCUCAACAAUUAAAUCGAGAAUAUAAUCCUCGGUCAUUACUUGGCAAAAUAUUACGAAAUGGUCAUGAUGUAAAUAAUGAUGAAACAAAUGAAACUCGUACACAACAAUUACAAAAUCAUAUGUCAUUUUUACAAUCAAUUUUAUUUUCAUCAAUGACGACUAAUUUAAAUGAAGAAAACAAUGAAAAUGAAUUAAUUAUUAACAAAGAAAAUUUUUGCUAA